CAGUUGGGUGGUGAUCACGUAAGAGUUCAGGUUCAAGUGCAAAGAGCAGACCGUUCUCACACUUAAUAAAUAACAAGCCUUGUUUAGAAAGAGCUCGAGCUGAGUGGUUUGGAUCCACAGAAGUUGUGUUUCGCGUUUGUUUGUUAUUGAAGAGCUGAAUCAUGGCAGACAGAGAUAAAGCGACGGAUCAGAUGAAACUGUGGAAGGAGGGUCGUGGCUCUCAGCGGCCAGAUGUCCUGACCACAGGAGCAGGUGUCCCGGUAGGGGACAAGUUAAACUUGAUGACGGCAGGCCCUCGUGGACCACUGCUGGUCCAGGACGUGGUUUUUACUGAUGAAAUGGCCCAUUUCGACCGAGAGCGGAUACCAGAGAGAGUCGUGCAUGCUAAAGGAGGAGGAGGUUUGGCUACUUCGAAGUGACCCAUGACAUAACACGCUAUUGCAAAGCCAAAGUGUUCGAGCAUGUAGGAAAGACGACACCCAUCGCCAUUCGCUUUUCCACUGUGGCGUGGCGUUUCUGUGU